AUGGCCGAGGCAAAGGGAUCGCCGGCGUCCAACUCCGGCGGCGCGGCCGGCGUGGGAGGCGACUUCGUGGGCUCGGUGGGCCCGCAAAAUUCCUACCAGGCGCUCCUUGCGGCGGCCAUGGGCGCGGGGUCCGCGCCGGGCGCCCCGAACGUCACGUACAACCACCACCAGUACUGCAACCCUGCCGGCCUGAUCCACGGGCCAAUGCCGGCGAUGCACGCGCCGCCCCCGCACGUGCACGCCGUACGCACGCCGCCGCCGCCGCACUGCGCCCAGUCAAACAACCAGCUCAUGCCCGCCGGAUACCAAUACCAAUACUGGCAAUCACCUGGCUCCCAGAAUGGCGUCGCUGCGGCGCAGCAGGUUCAGAGAGGUUUUGUUGCGGACUGGACCGUGUACAACAGCUCGUACAUGUCUCUUGCCUGUGGCAGCAGCAGCAGCAACAAUGGCUACCACCAGAGCUCGAGGCUAUGCUCCACCACUACAUGGCCUAAUGCAAUGCCGAGAUACCCUUGCUACAGCACUUACCCUCCUGUGAUACAGGAUCAUCAAGCUCCUUCCUACCAUCAGGGCAGUAAUCAUGAAGAAGAUUCAGGAUUUGGAUCUAGCUUCAGGGUGGAUCCACCAUUAGUAGCUGCUGCAUGUUUUCCACCAAUGUCUCCGGCAUCGAACAAUCACUCUCCCGCACAGUUCUUCGAUGAAGCUACAUACACCGAAAAAGUGAAGAGUGAAGCCAUGUAUAACAAGAAAGUGAAGAAUUCAGAGGAACCACCUGACAUGGAGAGUGAAAUCAGUGAUGAACUAGAUCCCACUCACACACCAGUAGAUGAGAAUCAGAACUUGAAUCAGGGCCAUGAAAGUUUGACUGCUAGGUUCAACUGUAGAGAAUACCGCAUUGUCUUGCGCAAGGAUUUGACGAACAGUGAUGUUGGAAAUAUCGGAAGAAUUGUGCUGCCAAAGAGGGAUGCAGAGGCUAACCUUCCAGCUUUGCUUGAAAGGGAUGGCCUGAUACUAAAGAUGGAUGACUUCAAGCUUCCCGCUACAUGGAACUUUAAGUACAGGUUCUGGCCUAACAACAAGAGCAGAAUGUAUAUCAUGGAAAGUACUGGAGAAUUCGUGAAGUCCCAUAGUCUCGAGGCAGGAGACACACUCAUCAUCUACAAAAGCCUGGAGUCCGGAAAAUUUAUUGUCCGUGGAGAGAAGGCCACUCAGCAGCGUGCUCCCCUACUCUGUCUGGAAUGCAAAGAGGAAGGCAACAACAGCGAAGAAUGCAGGUUCGCCAUGACCCUGCAUGCCAAGAGAACCUGA